UCUGGGCCAACGAAAGUUUUCCUCUACGAGGUGCAAAAUCCGCAAACGGCGCCGUCCUGCUACUUUCAUCUUCUGUUGAAUCACAGCAGCCGUGAAAAGCCCCAACGGUGGUAAAUAGUAAGACACCGCCGUCGGAAAAUCAAAGUCCUGCUGCCUAUACGACACCGUCACAACUCGAACUAAACUAACGAGCAUCGUCAGUUUUCAGCUGAACCAAAUGGAGAAGACAGCUGAAGACAAGAAAAGGAAGCCUUCCAAAUCGGAGUUCGUGUCCGGGUGCGGGUCUGGAUUCGGAUUCUGGAAAUGGGCCAUUGCUUCGGUGAUAUUCAGAUUAAUUCUGAUUUAUUUUCCCGGAAACCUCAACUUAGCUUCUCGGCCCGAAGUUUCCACUCCUCUCACCAGCCUCCGCCGCUUGGCAGAGGGUUAUUGGUUGAAGCAGUUAUCAAUGUCGCCCUAUGCUGGUUCAAUGUAUCAUGGAUCUCCACUAUUACUUUCCGUUCUCGGACCUCUCACUAUGAAAAGAAUUGAAGGACAGCCGAAUUAUCUUAUAUGCAGUUUGGUUUCUGUGGCUGCAGAUUUUACCUCUGCUAUGCUCAUUCGUCGAAUUGGCCAGAGGCUCCUAGCUGCAUAUGGUCAGAAUCUAAGGUCACUUGGUCUUGCAGAACUGUUUGAAGGAUCUCUACCUUCAGGUGAUGUGGCUGCUCUUGUGUAUUUAUGGAACCCUUUCACAAUAGUAACAUGCUUGGGUUAUAAUACAACGCCGAUAGAGAAUCUUUUUAUCAUCUUAUCCCUCUAUGGAGCCUGUACAGGAAUAGCUCCAGUUGCCGCUUUUGGAUGGGUUGUGGCAACACAUUUGUCUCUAUAUCCUGCAAUUCUGAUCAUACCAAUUAUUGUUCUGUUAGUCCGUGGUCUGGAUGCACCACCAAGGAAAUUGUUUUUACAACAGCUCUCAUCGAAAGCUGGUAAUGACAGCUCAAGUGAUAGGCAUGUUGAAGCUUUGAAAGCACAACCAACUCCUUUCUCAUUGCGACCUGUCUUGGCCUUCAUAUUCUGGUCCUUGUUAUGGGCAUCAUAUGUACUGAUUCUGUGUGGUAUAGCAUUGAAAAAUUCUGGUGGUCUCUGGGAGAUGUUCGAGAGGACCUAUGGAUUCAUUCUCACUGUAAAAGAUUUAUCUCCAAAUAUAGGUGUACUAUGGUACUUCUUCGCAGAAGUAUUCGAGUUUUUCAGAAACUUUUUUCUAAUAGUUUGCCAUGCAAACAUUUUGUUCAUGAUCUUGCCCUUGGCCAUACGGUUAUAUCACCGGCCAUGCUUUCUGGCUUUUGUUUACAUGGCAAUCUCCUCCAUUCUUAAAUCCUAUCCUUCUGUUGGAGACUCAGCUCUGUACUUGGGUUUACUGGCAUUGUUUGCCAAUGAAUUGGCAGAAAUGCAAUUUUCAUUCUUCCUCUUUUGUGGAUAUGUCGGAGUAUCCCUACUUAGUCCUGUAAUGCACAAUCUAUGGAUAUGGAGGGGUACUGGUAAUGCAAAUUUUUACUUUGCAACUGCUAUGGCGUAUGCUUGCUUUCAGGUUGUCUUGGUAGUUGAGAGCGUGUCCUCCAUGCUCAACCAUGAUAGAAAGAUCAGAAAGCUAAGUACAUCAAUGAAAGCUUGAGGUGCAUGAUGAUUUCUCCAUGGAAACAUAUGACGUAUUUUCUGGUCCAUUGGCGCAUAUCAUCGCAUCGGGAAUGUUUCUAGACAUGCCUUCAGCACCAUAAACUUUCGUGUCAUCUACGAUAUUUUCCAGUUUUCUGGUCAUGGUUCGUAAUUCUGGAAGAAAUGAUCACAAGAUGGCCCCUGAUAUAUCACUGAUGUUAAUGUUACCACGAGUACGAUCAGCAUGUAUAGGUUCAUGCUCUGAUGCUGAAGCUGCAUUGAAUUCCUGAAAUACGGGUUUUGAAAUUGAAAUUGAUCCUUUUAAUUCUACUACUUCUGUGUGUUUAAGGAUUUAUUUACAAUAUGUGAGGCCCAAUUCUAAUUCAACUUCCCCGAGAAACCACUAACUUGUGGGUUUUUAA